AUCAUCAUGUUAAAUUCGGUUUCCGACUUACAUAGUUACAUCGACAAAAGUCAGCUUACUCGGGAACUAGGGGGAACCUUGGAAUAUGGACACAGUCAGUGGAUACACCAUCGAACUGCCAUUGAGAAUUUUGCCAUGACUGUGAAAACCACAGCACAGAUGUUGCAGAGCUUUGGAACAGACCUGGCAGAGACAGAACUUCCAAAUGAUGUGCAGUGUACGGAAGAGCUGCUGACAUCCCACACGGAGCAACACUACAAACUCAAGGAUGAGCUGAAGCUAGCUGUGAAGCAGGGGGCCACGCUGUUGACUUGUAUCCGAGAACCCGUCACACGAAGUGCCAACAGCAAACUCAGCCCAGAUGAGCUAGAAAAUGUGGCAACGGUGGAAAGGUUGCUAGCUCAGUUGGAUGAAACAGAGAGAGCCUUUGAUCAGUUCUGGUCCAAGCAUCACCUGAAAUUAGAACAGUGUUUGCAACUUCGACAUUUUGAGCAGGACUUCAGAGAGGUCAAAGUGGCGCUGGACAACCUGAUGGAAGUGCAGGCGAGUUUCACAGAUAUUGGGGACAGCAUCUCCCGGGUGGAGCACAUUCUGAAGGAACAAAAGCAGUUGCAAGAAAGAGGACAGGAGUCUUUGGAGAAAGCUCAAGCAUUAGCUCUCCACGGAGACCAGCUGAUCCAAAAUAACCAUUAUGCCAUUGACUCCAUUAGACCAAAGUGUGUUGAACUCAGGCGCAUCUGUGAUGAUUUUGCUAAUGAGACCAAGAAAAAAUACGAUAUUUUAGCAAAAUCCUUAGAAUUGCACAAACAGUUAGAUAAGGCAUGCCAAUGGUGUGAAGCUGGAAUCUACCUCUUAGCUUCCCAAGCUGUAGACAAAUGCCAGACACAAGAGGGAGCUGAAACUGCACUUUGCGACAUUGAAAGAUUCCUGGAAACGGCCAAGGAGCACCAGCUGCUGAAUGGCAAAGAGUUCUACAAUCAGUUCGAUAUGAUUCUCACCCCAGAGAUAAAGAGCAACGCCCAAAGAGUUCUGCAGAAGCUGGAAGAUGUACAGGAAAUGUUUGACAAGAGGCAAGUGAGUCUGAAGAAGCUGGCAGCGAAGCAAACCCGCCCGGUGCAACCUGUGGCCCCACAUCCGGAGUCGUCACCAAAGCGAGCAUCGCCGAAAAGCAUCCGGCCUGUCCCGUUAGCUACCAAUAGGAGAUCGGUAGAAAUUUCUAGUCCUCCAAAAUCCAUCUCCGAUGCAGACUUGUCUAAAAAGAAAAGUGUAAAGAAGACUAAAGGUGGAAUUAAGAUCGAAGUGAUGCACGAAGCCAGCCAGGGAGGUUCCAGCAGAGUCUUAGUGAUGAGCGAAAGUGAAGAAAAUCUUUCCACCAGGAGAAGCCAUAUAAUAAAUGAACUGAUAGAAACAGAGCGGGUUUACGUAGAGGAGCUGCAAAGCAUAAUAGAGGGCUAUGCAUCAGAAAUGGACAAUCCUGAUUUAAUUCACUUGAUCCCAACACCAGUUUUGAACAAGAGAGAAGUUCUUUUCGGAAACCUCACAGAAAUCUACGAAUUUCAUAACAGAAUCUUCCUCAAAGAGCUAGAAAAUUGCAUUGAGAAUCCAGAGCUUCUCGGUCGGUGCUUCUUAAAAAGAAAAGAAGAUCUCCAAAUAUAUGAAAAAUAUUGCCAAAACAAGCCAAGGUCAGAAGGUCUUUGGAGGCAAUGUGGAGAUAGCCUGUUCUUUCAGGAAUGUCAGCGGAAAUUGGACCAUAAACUUUCCCUUGAUGCUUAUCUCUUAAAGCCAGUCCAGAGGAUUACCAAGUACCAGCUGCUUUUAAAGGAAAUGUUAAAAUGCAGCAAGAAUUCGGAAGGCACCGCUGAACUGGAAGAAGCUCUAGCCACAGUGCUUGAUAUCAUCAAGUCUGCUAAUGACUCCAUGCACCAGAUAGCAAUUACAGGUUAUGAGGGAGAUGUACAUGAGCUUGGCAAAUUACUCCUACAGGGUUCCUUUAAUGUUUGGACGGAUCACAAGAAGGGUCACAACAAAGUGAAAGAUUUGGCUAGGUUCAAGCCGAUGCAGAGGCAUCUCUUCCUCUACGCGAAAAUCCUGCUUUUCUGCAAGAAGCGGGAAGAAAACACAGAUGGCCACGAGAAGUCCCCUUCAUACAGCUUUAAGAAUUCUUUAAAGAUGAGUACUGUUGGUAUUACUGAAAAUGUCAAAGGUGAUAAUAAAAAAUUUGAGAUCUGGUACAAUGGCAGAGAAGAAGUCUAUAUUAUUCAGACACACCUGUGCUGGUGCUGGGACUGA